UUGCAGCCAUCAAGGUUAUGGAUGUCACAGGGGAUGAAGAGGAAGAAAUCAAACAAGAAAUUAACAUGUUGAAGAAAUAUUCUCAUCACCGGAAUAUUGCUACAUACUAUGGUGCUUUUAUCAAAAAGAACCCACCAGGCAUGGAUGACCAACUUUGGUUGGUGAUGGAGUUUUGUGGUGCUGGCUCUGUCACUGACCUGAUCAAGAACACGAAAGGUAACACGUUGAAGGAAGAGUGGAUUGCGUACAUCUGCAGGGAGAUCUUACGAGGGCUGAGUCACCUGCACCAGCAUAAAGUGAUUCAUCGAGAUAUUAAAGGGCAAAAUGUCUUGCUGACUGAAAAUGCAGAAGUUAAACUAGUGGACUUUGGAGUCAGUGCCCAGCUCGAUCGAACAGUGGGCAGGAGGAAUACCUUCAUCGGGACGCCCUACUGGAUGGCUCCGGAAGUUAUUGCCUGUGACGAAAACCCAGAUGCCACAUAUGAUUUCAAGAGUGACUUGUGGUCUUUGGGAAUCACCGCCAUCGAGAUGGCAGAAGGUGCUCCCCCUCUGUGUGACAUGCACCCCAUGAGAGCCCUCUUUCUCAUCCCCCGGAACCCAGCGCCUCGGCUGAAGUCUAAGAAGUGGUCAAAAAAAUUCCAGUCCUUUAUUGAGAGCUGUUUGGUAAAGAAUCACAGCCAGCGACCAGCAACAGAACAACUGAUGAAGCAUCCAUUUAUACGAGACCAACCUAACGAAAGACAGGUCCGCAUUCAGCUCAAGGACCAUAUUGACAGAACAAAGAAGAAGCGAGGAGAGAAAGAUGAGACGGAGUAUGAGUACAGCGGGAGUGAGGAAGAAGAGGAGGAGAAUGACUCAGGAGAGCCCAGCUCCAUUCUGAACCUGCCCGGCGAGUCGACGCUGCGGCGGGACUUUCUGAGGCUCCAGCUGGCCAACAAGGAGCGGUCUGAGGCCCUGCGGCGGCAGCAGCUGGAGCAGCAGCAGCGGGAGAACGAGGAGCACAAGCGGCAGCUGCUGGCGGAGCGCCAGAAGCGCAUCGAGGAGCAGAAAGAGCAGCGCCGGCGGCUGGAGGAGCAACAAAGGCGAGAGAAGGAGCUGCGGAAGCAGCAGGAGAGGGAGCAGCGGCGGCACUACGAGGAACAGAUGCGCCGGGAGGAGGAGAGGAGGCGCGCGGAGCACGAGCAGGAGUACAUCAGGCGACAGUUAGAGGAGGAGCAGAGACAGUUAGAGAUCUUGCAGCAGCAGCUACUGCAUGAACAAGCUCUACUUCUGGAAUAUAAGCGCAAACAGUUGGAAGAACAGAGACAAGCAGAAAGACUACAGAGACAGCUAAAGCAAGAGAGAGACUACUUGGUUUCCCUUCAGCAUCAGCGGCAGGAGCAGAGGCCUGUGGAGAAGAAGCCGCUGUACCAUUACAAAGAAGGGAUGAGUCCUAGUGAGAAACCAGCGUGGGCCAAGGAGGUAGAAGAACGGUCAAGGCUCAACCGGCAGAGUUCCCCUGCCAUGCCUCACAAGGUUGCCAACAGGAUAUCAGACCCCAACCUGCCCCCACGGUCGGAGUCCUUCAGCAUCAGUGGGGUUCAGCCUGCUCGGACACCCCCCAUGCUCAGACCAGUAGAUCCCCAGAUCCCACAUCUGGUAGCUGUGAAAUCCCAGGGACCUGCCUUGACCGCCUCCCAGUCGGUGCACGAGCAGCCCACGAAGGGCCUCUCUGGGUUUCAGGAGGCUCUGAACGUGAGCUCUCACCGUGUGGAGAUGCCGCGCCAGAACUCGGAUCCCACCUCUGAAAACCCGCCUCUCCCCACUCGCAUUGAGAAGUUUGACCGAAGCUCUUGGUUACGACAGGAAGAAGACAUUCCACCAAAGGUGCCUCAAAGAACAACUUCUAUAUCCCCAGCAUUAGCGAGAAAGAAUUCUCCUGGAAAUGGUAGUGCUCUGGGACCCAGACUAGGAUCUCAACCCAUCAGAGCAAGCAACCCUGACCUCCGGAGAACUGAGCCCAUCGUGGAGAGCCCCUUGCAGAGGACCAGCAGUGGCAGUUCCUCCAGCUCCAGCACCCCUAGCUCCCAGCCCAGCUCCCAAGGAGGCUCUCAACCUGGGUCACAAGCAGGAUCCAGUGAACGGACCAGGGUUCGAGCCAACAGUAAGUCGGAAGGAUCACCUGUGCUCCCCCAUGAGCCUUCCAAGGUGAAACCUGAAGAAUCCAGGGAAAUUACCCGACCGAGUCGACCGGCUAGCUAUAAGAAAGCUAUAGAUGAGGAUCUGACGGCAUUAGCCAAAGAAUUAAGAGAACUCCGGAUUGAAGAAACAAACCGCCCACUGAAGAAAGUGACGGAUUACUCCUCCUCGAGUGAGGAGUCGGAAAGCAGUGAUGAAGAGGAGGAAGAUGGAGAGAGCGAGACCCAGGAUGGGACGGUGGCUGUCAGCGACAUACCCAGACUGAUACCCACAGGAGCCCCCGGGAGCGCUGAGCCGUACAAUGUGGGAAUGGUCGGCACGCACGGGCUGGAGACCUCUCACGCAGACACUUUCAGCAGCAGUAUUUCAAGAGAAGGGACCUUGAUGAUAAGAGAAACGUCUGGAGAGAAGAAGCGAUCUGGCCAUAGUGACAGCAAUGGCUUCGCCGGCCACAUCAACCUCCCGGACCUGGUGCAGCAGAGCCAUUCCCCUGCGGGGACCCCCACUGAGGGCCUGGGGCGCGUCUCCACCCACCCCCAGGAGAUGGACUCUGGGACUGAAUAUGGCAUGGGAAGCAGCACCAAAGCCUCCUUCACCCCCUUUGUGGACCCCAGAGUGUACCAGACGUCUCCCACUGAUGCAGAUGAAGAGGAUGAGGAAACGUCAGCUGCCGGAACCCAGAGGUAUCCAGGGGCCCUAGGAAAAGCUGCUCCUCAGAGAUCUCCAAACUCACCACACAUUUCUCAGAAGCAAUUUCUGGCUCUGUUUACUAGCGAACUUCUUAGGCAAGAACAGGCCAAACUAAAUGAAGCAAGAAAGAUUUCAGUGGUAAACGUAAACCCAACCAACAUUCGGCCUCAUAGCGACACACCAGAAAUCAGAAAAUACAAGAAGCGAUUCAACUCAGAAAUACUUUGUGCAGCUCUGUGGGGUGUAAACCUCCUGGUGGGAACUGAAAAUGGCCUGAUGCUUUUGGACCGAAGCGGGCAAGGCAAAGUUUAUAAUCUGAUCAACCGGAGGCGAUUUCAGCAGAUGGAUGUGCUAGAGGGACUGAAUGUCCUCGUGACGAUAUCAGGAAAGAAGAAUAAGCUACGAGUUUACUAUCUUUCAUGGUUAAGAAACAGAAUAUUACACAAUGACCCAGAAGUAGAAAAGAAACAAGGCUGGAUCACUGUUGGGGACUUGGAAGGCUGUAUACAUUACAAAGUUGUCAAAUAUGAAAGGAUCAAAUUCUUGGUGAUUGCCUUAAAGAAUGCUGUGGAGAUAUAUGCUUGGGCUCCUAAACCAUAUCAUAAGUUCAUGGCAUUUAAGUCUUUUGCAGAUCUCCAGCACAAGCCACUGCUUGUUGAUCUCACAGUAGAAGAAGGUCAAAGAUUAAAGGUUAUUUUUGGUUCACACACUGGUUUCCAUGUAAUUGAUGUUGAUUCAGGAAACUCUUAUGAUAUCUACAUACCAUCUCAUAUUCAGGGCAAUAUUACUCCUCAUGCCAUUGUCAUCUUGCCUAAAACAGAUGGAAUGGAAAUGCUUGUUUGCUAUGAGGAUGAGGGGGUGUAUGUAAACACCUACGGCCGGAUAACUAAGGAUGUGGUGCUCCAAUGGGGAGAAAUGCCCACGUCUGUGGCCUACAUUCAUUCCAAUCAGAUAAUGGGCUGGGGCGAGAAAGCUAUUGAGAUCCGGUCAGUGGAAACAGGACAUUUGGAUGGAGUAUUUAUGCAUAAGCGAGCUCAAAGGUUAAAGUUUCUAUGUGAAAGAAAUGAUAAGGUAUUUUUUGCAUCCGUGCGAUCUGGAGGAAGUAGCCAAGUGUUUUUCAUGACCCUCAACAGAAAUUCCAUGAUGAACUGGUAACAGAAGAGCACUUGGCACUUAUCUUCAUGGCGUUAUUUCUAAUUUAAAAGAACAUAACUCAUGUGGACUUAUGCCAGUCUAGAGGCAGAAUCAGAAGGCUUGGUUGACCAUACCACUUUACCCUUUUCCUCUCCCUCCACCCGUCCCAGUACAGUCCAUCUUUCAAUGUUGCAGCCUGGUUGAGAAGGAGAGAAAAAGGUGGCAGGAAUUUCCAGGAGAUCCCCAAGAAUGCUGCGUUGUCUGUGGACAAAGGUGGACCAUGUGCUCUUCGGAGUUAGGGAUAGAAACAAAUAUUGUGUGCUCUUAUGAUUAAGCUGUGUUCUGGUGGGUUUUUGAGUUUUAUUUUGUUUUGUUUUUUUACCUUUUUUCUUCACCCCUUUACUUUGUAAGAAUGGGGAAAGAAUGCAUACUGAGAAAAUGUCUGUUUUUAAUUCUGUCUGCCUGCUAGCUUUAAGUAUACAAUGUGUUGUAAAAUUUCCAAUUUCGAAUGGUGAGAGACAGCACAAUAAAUGUACCUUAUCUCUUUACACUGAAGGCCAUAACUACAUAGUGGGGUAAUUGUAGAACUCUUUUGCCUUCACGAACCCAAAAGGUUGCUUUUUGAUAGCAACUGCUAAUGGAUUUUUAAAAGAGAAGAAAAAUACUAGUUUUCCCCACUUUCGGGAAAUAGAUUUUAAAUGGCUAAACUACUAGCCUUAGACUAAUAAAAUCAACUACCAUUUUUGUGAGUCUGGCAGGCCCUAUUUUAUAUGGCCCUGUACAGAACAGAGUGUGUUGAAUGGGAUAGUAGUGCCAUUGAGUUGAGUUGGCUCUAGUGAAUGAGGGACUCUAUAAUACAACAUUGCCUCAGCGAUUAUGCAACAGAUCAGGGCAAAAGAUGGGAUGACAGAGGGGGUCAGACAGAAAGAGCUUCUGGAAACAAGCUAAAAAUGUAUAUAUAUACACACACACACACUUUUUUUUUUUUCCAAAUGCACAAAACUUCCCAGCUAAGAGGUCACUCUGUUCAGGCUUCGUUAGGAGUUAAGACUUUGUUCUUUCUGGGAAUUGGAGAAUAAAUAAGAUCCAGGCUCUGGUCAUUCCCAGCUUUCUCCUGAGGGUGCCACUUUCCCAAGAUGAAAACUGUGACUGAAAAAAUAAUAAUAAUAAAUGUUUCUGAGCUGCCUGUGUUCUCUCUGGGUUGGUGAGAGAAGGGACUAGACUACUAAGCCUGCCUGAGACCCAGCGGGCAUCAUUGGUUCAGAUGUUAUAGAACUAGAAAGCAAGGCUUUGGCCAAAAUUCUGAGACCCUAAUCAUUUUACCUUCCUCCAAAUUACCCAACAUACGGUAAACAACAUUUGUGCAGAAUUUGUGUGUAUUUCGUUCAGGUUGACUUGUGUCCUUAUAGACUCUUACGCGGAUGAUUCGAACUUUUACGUGACUGUCUGGGAUUUUUUUUUCCCAAAGCUACCAGCAUGGCCGCCUGUGGUAUCAAGGUGUUGCAAAACGAUAUCUGUGUUGCGCUUCCUGUUUUAACCUACCUCGUUUCGUUUGUUUUGUUUCACUGUUCAUCACAGCAGUGUUAUCUCCAGGAGACAUAUAGAGAGCUCAACUGGCAAUCUCAGGUGCACUUGAUAUUUUAAAAUAAGACAGUAGUUGACCAAAUUGUUCUUCUUGAAAAAUUGGAAAAAAAAAAAAUCCAACAACAACAAAACUAAUGUGGCUUGUUUGUGGAGAAAACAAUGACUCUAAACAGAUCAAAAAAAAAAAAUCUAUGAUCCUACUGAUUUUGCCUAAAUACAUGAGCAGCUGAUGUGCUAUUAAUGAGAACGAAAUACACGUUAGGAAAAUGGCACCAUUUCAAUCUGGUGGCUUGGGCAAGGGGGGAACAGGGAAGGGGAAAUAUUCUAGUUCUGUUAUAGAUGAUUCUGCCCCUCCUGUAAAGGUGGUUGUCAUUUGCAUUUAUUUUAAGCAGGUAACACAGGAAUGGAAUUGAGGAUUAUCUUCAGGCAAUCACCAAGAUGUCCUCAUCGUGGUCCCUUUAGUGCUCAAAAGCAAUGAUAUCCUCCCGUUCUCAUUUUUACUGCUAAGGUUCUGCUGCUGAACAAUAUUAUCUUCACAAAUUCCGUGCAACAAAUUCAGCAAUAACGUUUUGGAUUGAAUUUAGCAGCUACUGUAAUUGGAUGCUGAUGUGGACAAGAUAUAUUGAUUUGGGUCUCAUCCCCGCAUGUGAUUGCCACCAGCUCUUUAUAUUGCUGCUGUGGUAUUUUAAACCAGAAGCUUCUUUAAAUUAUGUUGCAAACUGAUCUUUGUUUUUAUGUUUUGUUUUGUUUUGAUUUCUAAGUGGUAAGUUCGAAACACACAGCUUUAAAUGAUUUUUUUAUUGUGGGAUUUGGGUACAGUUAAGAAAUAAAAGGGAAUCAUUGUGUUUAAACAUAAGGUAGUUUGUGAAUGUAUUUUUUAAAGCCUAGAUUCAUUGAAACAAAAAAUCAUAAGAGAACAAUAUUAAUGCAGUCUUGUUUACAGUAUGUACAGUGACAUAACAUAGAACAUGAGCUUUUCUGGUGCCAACAACAAUAAAACACAGACGUUAAACAUCAA